AUGGCAGUCGCUGUGCGCGCUUCGCGGAGAGGAGCCGCGGAGGUCCCAAGGCGGCUGCUGCCAUCGCAUCGCCAUGCGACAGCUGCCGUGUCGGCGGCCUUAGCGCUUUUGCCCACAGCUCCUGGCCGCCCGUUCUUCUCGCUCCCCGCCUGCCCCACCCAAUCAACGUCCGCCAUCUGUCCUUCAGCCGCGUCGCCUUCAGCCGCCGCGUCCCCCGCCGUGCCGUCCAGCCCCGCCAGCCCCGCCAGUUCCGCCAGGCGCGUGCCGUUCUCCCCCGUCCCCCGCGUGGCCGCGAUUGGCGGCGACGUGGACGUGCACGGCGCGGCGUUCCGACUGCGAGAGAAGGCGAUGGAGCGAUUGCUGGGCGAGCUGCGACAGGCGACGGACACGGUGCUACAGGGGGGUGGUCCCAAGGCAGUGCAGCGGCAGCACAGCCGCGGCAAGCUGCUGCCACGCGAGCGAAUCGACCGCCUGCUCGACCCCGCCUCGCCCUUCCUCGAACUCUCCCAGCUGGCGGGCAUGGGCAUGUAUGGAGAGGAGGAGGUGCCGGGGGGGGGCAUCGUGACAGGGCUAGGGCGCGUGGGCGGGCGGGUGAGUGUUAUAGUGGCGAACGACGCUACAGUGAAGGGCGGCACGUACUACCCCAUCACAGUCAAGAAGCACCUCAGGGCGCAGGAGAUCGCUGCUCAGUGCCGCCUGCCCUGCAUCUACCUCGUUGACAGUGGAGGCGCCAACCUGCCACGGCAGGCGCAUGUGUUUCCCGACCGCGACCACUUCGGGCGCAUCUUCUUCAACCAGGCGCGCAUGUCACGGGACGGCAUACCGCAGAUCGCAGUGGUGAUGGGCAGCUGCACGGCAGGGGGCGCGUAUGUGCCGGCCAUGGCGGACGAGAGCAUCAUCGUGCACCGCCAGGGCACCAUCUUCCUGGGGGGGCCGCCGCUUGUCAAGGCGGCCACGGGGGAGGAGGUGACAGCAGAGGCGUUGGGGGGAGGUGCGGUGCACAGCAGAGUGUCGGGGGUGACGGACCACCUGGCCCGCGACGAGCUGCACGCCCUGGCCAUCGCCAGGCGCAUUCUCGCCUCGCUGCCCUCCUCCCACCCCGCCUUGUCCGCCGCCUCACCAGCGCCCCUCUCCCCCCGUGCGUGGGAGGAGCCGCUCUUCCCUGCGGAGCAGCUCAGGGGGCUGGCGCCCAUAGUGGGGGGGGAGGGGCGCAAGGGGGAGGGCGAGGGGGGGGAGGAGGAGGGGGCGGCGGAGGCGAGGGGGGUGGACAUGCGGGAGGUGAUAGCGCGGAUGGUGGAUGGCAGCCAGUUCGACGAGUUCAAGCGCCUCUAUGGCUCCUCACUGGUGUGUGGGUUUGCGCGCGUGCAGGGGAGGGAGGUGGGGGUGGUGGCGAACAACGGCGUGCUGGUGGUGGACGCGGCGCUCAAGGCCGCCCACUUCGUGCAGCUCUGUGACCACCGCCGCAUACCACUGCUCUUCCUUCACAACAUCUCGGGGUUCAUGGUGGGGCGGGCAGCAGAGAGUGCGGGCAUAGCCAAGGCAGGAGCCAAGAUGGUCAUGGCUGUCGCAUGUGCACAGGUGCCCAAGAUAUCGCUGGUGGUGGGCGGCAGCUUUGGGGCGGGCAACUACGGCAUGUGUGGCCGCGCCUACUCGCCCAACUUCCUCUUCCUCUGGCCCUCCGCGCGCAUCUCAGUCAUGGGCGGCCAACAGGCGGCAGGGGUGUUGGCGCAAGUGGAGAAGGACAAGCGAGCACGAGAUGGCACUCCGUGGGGCGAGGAGGAGCAGCGGGCAUUCAAGCAGGGCAUAGCGCAGCGGUACGACAGCGAGGGGUCGGCAUUCUUCUCCACGGCGCGCCUGUGGGAUGACGGCAUCAUCGACCCCGCCCACUCCCGCACCGUGCUCUCCCUCGCCCUCGCUGCCACCGAAGCUGGCAUGCCCGCUGCACACGCGCCUGCGGAGACUGGUCCCAGAUAUGGAGUGUUUCGGAUGUGA